UGACUGAAUUCACAUACGCCUGGAACCAAUAUUAAGUUUUCUUCUGACCAAUUUCACUUCUACUGUGUUCCACUAUACAGUGUUAGAAGCUGGAAAUUGAACUGUAACAAAGAAGUAGUUCUGGGAAAAUGCAGGGAAUGUUUCCUAAAAGCACAUACUGAGACCCUAUAUUUUUUUCUUCACGUGACGCUCACUUUGAAAUAUUUGGAUAAAAUGAGAUGCUUGCGGAAACGAUCAGCAGUAUCAUUCUUAGGAGUCCUUGUCAUUUGCCUGCUGUUCAUGAACUUGUACAUUGAAGAUGGUUAUGUCUUGGAAGGGGACAAGCAAUUAAUCAGAGAAACAGCCACACACCAGCUUAAUUCAGAGCGCUAUGUUCACACUUUUAAAGAUUUGUCAAAUUUCUCAGGAUCUAUAAAUGUUUCCUAUCGCUAUCUAGCUGGCACACCUUUGCCAAGGAAAAGGUAUCUUACAAUUGGACUAUCCUCAGUCAAACGGAAAAAGGGGAAUUAUUUGCUCGAGACGAUCAAGUCCAUAUUUGAGCAGUCAAGUUAUGAGGAACUGAAGGAAAUUACGGUGGUGGUUCACCUAGCAGAUUUUGACUCAUCCUGGUGUGAAGGGAUGGUCCAGGACAUUUCACAGAAAUUUGCCCAUCACAUCAUUGCUGGCAGGUUAAUGGUUAUCCAUGCCCCUGAGGAGUACUAUCCAGUACUGGAUGGCCUUAAGAGAAAUUACAAUGACCCAGAAGACCGUGUGAAGUUCCGAUCCAAACAAAAUGUAGAUUAUGCUUUCCUGCUUAACUUUUGUGCUAAUCUUUCUGAUUAUUAUGUCAUGCUAGAAGAUGACGUUCGAUGCUCUAAAAACUUCUUGACUGCUGUUAAGAAAGUAAUUACCUCGCGAGAAGGUUCCUAUUGGGUGACUCUGGAGUUUUCCAAACUGGGCUAUAUUGGAAAGCUAUACCACUCCCAUGACCUCCCACGCCUGGCUCAUUUUUUGCUGAUGUUUUACCAGGAAAUGCCUUGUGAUUGGCUGCUAAUCCAUUUCCGUGGGUUGUUAGCUCAAAAGGAUGUCAUCCGCUUUAAGCCAUCUCUGUUCCAGCACAUGGGAUAUUAUUCAUCCUACAAAGGAGCUGAGAACAAGCUAAAGGAUGACGACUUUGAAGAGGAUUCGUUUGACAUCCCUGACAACCCGCCCGCAAAUCUUCACACCAACAUGAAUGUAUUUGAAAACUACGAGGCAAGCAAGGCUUACAGCAGCAUUGAUGAGUACUUCUGGGGAAAAGCUCCUUCUACUGGAGAUCUCUAUGUGAUUGUCUUUGAAAAGCCUAUUAAAAUCAGUAAAAUUAAAGUUAUCACUGGAACAGAAGACCGGCAAAAUGACAUCUUGCAUUAUGGAGCCCUGGAAGUUGGGGAAAAAAUUGUAGGGAGCAAAAAAGGGAGGCAAUGUACUACUUACUUGAGACUAGGGGAAUUCAAAAAUGGAAAUUUUGAAAUGACAGAUGUGGAGCACAAAGUUCUGUUUGAUAUUAACUGCAUGAGAAUACUUGUUACCAAAAGUCAAAAGGAAUGGCUGAUCAUUAGGAGCAUUAGUAUUUGGACUUCUCAGCCACCAAAUCAAUAAGGCAAAAUUACUGAAGCUGGUCCUCCUCCUUUUGUGGUGGAGUGAAUGCCAUCGGUUGGGUCCCAACUGGUGUAAUUCCCCAAGGAGACUGACUGACUUCCAAUUAUUUACUUCUGACACUGGAAAUCUGGGGAAAUCAUAAAACAAGCAAAAGCAAUUUAUUUUGUACUAGUCCGCCAGGCAAUAUACAAACACUAGUUUGUUGGAAUGUUUGAAUUUUAUAGGAAAUGCAAACAAGUUCUCAUCCAUCACUUAAGAUUCAGAAAUCCUUCUCUUUUAUUUUAAUUUCUCCUUUGGGAAGAACUGCUGUACUAAACAAAGCCAAUGCUUUUCCAUUAUUCAGAAGUUUUGUAGGCUUUGACCAGUAUGUUGUCAGAUGAAAUUUGACUCCAUCAUAGCUACAUAUAAAUUAAUAAUCAGAUGGUAGUACAUGUUUGUACAAUAGUUGGUGGUGUAUUUGUUUGAAAGACAGUUGUGAUAAUGAAAGUCCAUUAAUGGAGCUUCCAAUUUCAUUUGAGCACUGUAAGAAAACAGUGUGGUUAAACAUUGUAACUUAUUUUAAAUGAAAAUACAUGUACAGUUAUAGAUCAGACAUGACAAUACUGUAAAAAUAGUUAAUUGCAUUCACUAUCCUGUCUCAACAAAUACGCUUUGUUCUUCUCCCAGGGUCCUGGCAUUGAAAUAGGUCACCAGUUGUAUUUUCUGUCACAUGGGGCCCAACCCUGCAAUCCUUAUUCAAGCAGUCACACGGUCAAUGGGAGUUUGCUUGAAUAAGGACUGCAGGGUCAUUCCCUGAGCUUUAAGGACAAAAUUAUCCUUUUGGAUUUUCAUGGCAGUAGUUUUCAUCUUUAAUAUUCUCUCUUCCAGCACAUUCAGAGCUCCCAGUGAUGUCAGUGGGAGAACUGCACAAAGCUGAAUACUGCCGUAUGAUCCAAGAGAAGAGUUUUGCACUCAGUGUUUAGAUCAGUGGUGGGCAUCCUGGGGCCCAUCAGGGUAAUCUGAU